AGAGGCAAGCGAUCGAGUAGAAUGAGGUCCUCAAACCCAGCUUUGGCUAUGCUCUGCACCGUGGCUCUUGCCAUGGCCUGCACCAGUACCCUAGCCCAGAACUCGCCCCAGGACUUCGUGAGCCCCCACAACGCCGCCCGCACCGCCGUCGGCGUCGUCCCCGUGUCGUGGGACAGCACCGUCGCGGCGUACGCCCAGAAUUACGCCAACCAGCGGGCGGCCGACUGCCAGCUCGUGCACUCCGGCGGGCCGUACGGCGAGAACAUCUUUUCGGGCUUCGGCCGCGACUACACGGCGGCGGACGCCAUCAAGUACUGGGUCUCCGAGAAGCAGUACUACAACCACAACAGCAACAAGUGCGCCCCUAACAAGGUGUGCGGCCACUACACGCAGGUAGUGUGGCGUUCGUCCACGGCCAUCGGGUGCGGCCGUGUGCGUUGCAAUAGCGGCGGCAUCUUCAUCACCUGCAACUACAAACCUCCGGGGAAUAUUGAGGGGCAGAGCCCUUACUAA